AUCAGUCGACACUCGUCCGCGUCGCCGGCAGAACGUACUCAUCCGAUUUCAAUAAAAAAAUCAUGUGACCUGAAAUAAUUGCUCCCCCCAAAAAUGUGAAAUAACUAAAUAAAAAUAAUCCAAAUGCGAAGAUAAUCCUGAAAACUAAAGUCCCAUCACCCCAGAUGCCUGUGAUCGAACCGAUCGUAUCGAUCGAUUGAUUAAAAAAGUGCGACAAAUUUUCACAAGCGGUAUAUUACCCCAGACAAUGGACAAAAUGACCUCAGUAAUACCGGGUAUUGACCGAAAAGUUCGGGUCAAGGGUCAAAGAAAUGAGAAAGUAUCCCCAAGUGAUGACUCGACUCGCGCUUUUUUAAAUUUUUCACGAGAAAAUCUUAAUGUUUCCCAAUCGGACAUUGAGCAAGGUAUCACCAGGAAAACGUCUAAAUGUUUAAAAAUAAAUCGCCAGAUGCUGUUGAGUUUGUUGGCAAUUUGUCUUGCAAUUGUGUGUCUCGCGUUUGAGGCGAUUAAGAUUAAAAAGAUAGUGAAUAAUGCGAGGGAUAUUGAAACGAUCAAAGCCGAUCUCCAGAACCUCAAGCAGAGGAUCUACGAGGAGAAUCUUCUGGAGGAAAUCAGAGCCUUCGAGCAACAGUUGUACCCCGACGAAGAUGAUUUCAAUGACACAGAUCUCGACGAUUACAACUCCAAUUACGACGACUACGACGCAAAUUCGAAUAAUUACGAAAACGAUUAUGAAACAACGUCAUCAAUGAGGAGUCAAUCUGCGGUAACAUCACGAUCGGUACCAAUUGCGGGAGAUGAAACAAUUUUAUGGAGUCAUCCUGAACCUGGAGAGACUGGUGAAGACGAGUCCAAGGAACAACACGCCAAGAUCAAACGAUUCAUAACGGAAGAACCGCCGAAUUUUUUGAAUAGUGAAGCAUUUCGCCGGUCUGGAUCACCAAGUCUCCAGGAUGAUACGAACAGACAAUCGACAAGGGCAAAUCCUGGUGGUGUGAUGUUUUCCAAGAAAUAUCACGAUGACAGACGUCUCAGGAUGCAGCAAAAGAAGCACGAUCUGAAGAAAUCCCUGGAGACGAGGGGCAAGUCUCGCAGACACAUCCGUCCAUCCCGUCAGAUAUUUGCUGCACAUUAUGGUGCUGACAGCACCCUUUUCCAAGGUGAUGACGAGCACACGGGGAACGGUCGUGCCAGGCACAACGAGGGCAUCUUCAAGGCUUGGAGGAGCAGCGAUUGGAUGGAUGAUCUUGGAAUGAAUCGGUAUUUCUCUCUAGCCACAGAUGGAAGAUUAACUGUUCAUGAGACUGGGCUCUAUCUCGUUUAUGCCCAGAUUCAUUACCUAGACGAGCAUGAUGAGAAUGGAUUCCAUUUGCUCGUCAAUGGGCGACCAAUUCUACAGUGCAUGGUCUACAGCCCUGGGAAUGGCCACAAAAGUAGAUCGUGCUUCUCAUCUCAAGUGACUUAUCUGUUAUCGAGCGAUCGUAUUGUUUUGAAAGAAGUUGGCCCUGCGAGAUAUACCCUGUUCCAACCCGAUAAAAGUUUCUUCGGUCUCGUUAAACUAGGUGAUAAUAGACAAACCCAAAAUCAAAACAAACACAACAGCUCGUUGCAUCCACAAACUACACCAGUUCUAUAGUUGUACGAUUAAUUCUACCUUUAUUUAUGAUCUUUCUACUAAUUUUGAUACGAGUAUUGUUUUUAGUGACGAAAUUUGUUGUAUCUAUUGUAAUGCUAUUAAUUAUGUGAUUAUGUAGUGAAGAA